AUCCUGCACUCACAGCCCGUCUCUUGUGCGGCAGCCAGACCCUCUUUUGGAGAGCAGGGCUCCGGAGACUCAUCUCAUUUCCCAUCGCAUGAAGCUUCUCUUCCUUGUUGUAGCCACUGAAGCCGCAGGCGAGGUUUGAGGGGACACAUCAUGUCCUGUCACCCAGGGUAGGCCGCCAGCAGGCUUCAGAGCCUGGGGUGGUGAAACCUUGAGGGCCAGCCUGCGGUGGGCUCAGGAGGAACCUGCGAUAAGAUGUUCGGCAGUUAGGGCAGCUACUUUGAGGUCGGGAGGCCGGGAACCCACAGGAAGUGACUCGGUGCAGAGCCGAUGUGCCUCUGUCCCGGCAGCCAUCCUGGGUCAGGAGCUCAGGCUGGUGAGGCUGGGGCCAUGUCGGCGGAGGGCUGGGAUACCGGGCCGGGCGGGCACCCUGGGGCCUCAGGCGCAGGUCCGUGCCCCCCUGGGACCGCGUCCGCCCCCUGGAGCCUGCCCCACUGGAGGGCUUGCCUGGCCGCCGCGGUGCUCUGCUACAUCAACCUCCUGAACUACAUGAACUGGUUCAUCGUUGCAGGGAUGCUGCUGGACAUACAGAAUUUUUUUCAGAUCAGUGAUAGCAACGCUGGUUUGCUUCAGACAGUCUUCAUCUGCAGCCUGCUGCUGUCUGCACCUGUGUUUGGCUACCUGGGCGACCGGCAUGGCCGGAAAGCCACGCUGAGCGUUGGGAUCCUGCUCUGGUCGGGGGCAGGCCUCUCCAGCUCCUUCAUCUCCCCCCAGCAUCCUUGGCUCUUCUUCCUGUCCCGGGGAGUCGUGGGCAUAGGCUCUGCCAGCUACUCCACCAUCGCGCCCACCGUCCUGGGCGACCUCUUUGUGAGGGACCAGCGGACCCGAGUGCUGGCCAUCUUCUACAUCUUCAUCCCUGUUGGAAGCGGCCUGGGCUACGUGCUGGGGUCAGCUGUGCUGCAGCUAACUGGGAACUGGCAUUGGGCCUUCCGAGUCUUGCCUUGCCUGGAAGCCGUGGCCUUGAUCCUGCUUAUCGCGCUGGUUCCAGACCCGCCCCGGGGAGCUGCUGAGAAGCAGGAAGAGGUGGCCAUGGGGGCCCUGAGGAGCAGCUGGUGUGAGGAUGUCAGGUACCUGGGGAGAAACUGGAGUUUUGUGUGGUCGACCCUUGGGGUGACCGCCAUAGCCUUUGUGACUGGAGCACUGGGCUUCUGGGCCCCCAAGUUUCUGUUCGAGGCCCGUGUGGUGCAUGGGCUUCAGCUUCCCUGCCUCCAGGAUCUGUGCAACGAGCAGGACAGCUUGAUUUUUGGGAUUCUGACUGUGGUGACUGGCAUCAUUGGGGUGGUCCUGGGAGCAGAGGCUUCAAGGAGGUACAAGAAAGUCAACCCGCGGGCUGAGUCCCUCAUCUGUGCCUAUAGCCUGCUCAUUGCGGCCCCCUGCCUCUACCUGGCUCUCAUCCUGGCCCCGGUCACUCUUCUGGCCUCCUAUGUGUUCCUGGCCCUCGGGGAGCUGCUUCUGUCCUGCAACUGGGCGGUGGUUGCUGACAUCCUGCUGUCCGUGGUGGUGCCCCGGUGCCGGGGGACAGCAGAGGCGCUUCAGAUCACGGUGGGCCACAUCCUGGGGGACGCCAGCAGCCCUUACCUCACUGGCCUUGUCUCCAGCACCCUGAGGGCCGGGCGCCCUGACUCCUACCUGCAGUCCUUCCUCAGCCUUCAGCAGAGCUUCCUGGGCUGCACCUUCGUCAUCGCCCUGGCCGGUGGUUGCUUCCUGCUAACCGCGCUGCGGCUGGAGAGGGACCAGGCCCGGGCCCGGCAGCUGGACACAGGGACCCCCGGCAGCAAGGACACGGAGAGCCAAGCCCUGCUUUCCGGCACAGGUGCCGCCGCCAAGGACCCCUGAGGCCCCCGCGCCCCAGCAAGGAGGUCCCUCUCGCCUGUCGCACCCCUCCCGCCAGCCCUGGAGGCCUCAGCGCCUCUGUCCCCGUUUGGCCAUGGCUCCGGGACCCCGGCCGAGCCGCACCUGCCACUCUGCUUCACUCCCAGCUGGAGAGCUGGCA